GGGCGCGCCGCUGCAUCCCCAUCCUCGGCGUAGCUCAGCACAGAGCGAGCGAGCAAGCGGCGACUGGCCGGAGCGGGCGGGCGCAGCGCCGAGGCCCGGCCAUGGCCACCACCAGCACCACGGGCUCCACCCUGCUGCAGCCCCUCAGCAACGCCGUGCAGCUGCCCAUCGAUCAGGUCAACUUUGUAGUGUGCCAACUCUUUGCCUUGUUAGCAGCCGUUUGGUUUCGAACUUAUCUACAUUCAAGCAAAACUAGCUCUUUUAUCAGACACGUAGUUGCUACCCUUUUGGGCCUUUAUCUUGCAUUUUUUUGCUUUGGAUGGUAUGCCUUACACUUUCUUGUACAAAGUGGGAUUUCCUACUGCAUCAUGAUCAUAGCAGGAGUGGAGAGCAUGCACCAAUGUUGCUUUGUGUUUGCUUUGGGAUACCUCUCAGUGUGUCAAAUUACUAGAGUCUAUAUCUUUGAUUAUGGACAAUAUUCUGCUGAUUUUUCAGGCCCAAUGAUGAUCAUUACUCAGAAGAUCACUAGUUUGGCUUACGAAAUUCACGACGGGAUGUUUCGAAAGGAUGAAGAACUGACUCCAUCGCAGAGGGGAUUAGCUGUGAGGCGCAUGCCAAGUCUCCUGGAGUAUGUAAGUUAUACCUGCAACUUCAUGGGCAUCCUGGCAGGCCCGCUCUGCUCCUACAAAGACUACAUUGCCUUCAUCGAAGGCAGAGCAUCCCAUGUGGCGCAUUCAAGUGAAAACGGAAAAGAAGAGCAGCAUGGAAAAGCAGAUCCAUCUCCAAACGCAGCAGUUACGGAGAAGCUCCUGAUCUGUGGACUCUCCUUAUUAUUUCACCUGACCAUCUCCAACAUGCUACCCGUGGAGUACAACAUCGACGAGCAUUUCCAAGCCACUGCGUCGUGGCCGACCAAAGCCACCUAUCUGUAUGUCUCUCUCUUGGCUGCCAGACCUAAGUACUAUUUUGCAUGGACCUUAGCUGAUGCCAUUAACAAUGCAGCGGGCUUCGGUUUCAGAGGAUAUGACAAGAAUGGAGUGGCUCGCUGGGACUUAAUUUCCAACUUGAGAAUUCAGCAAAUAGAGAUGUCAACAAGUUUUAAGAUGUUUCUCGAUAAUUGGAAUAUCCAGACAGCUCUUUGGCUCAAGAGGGUGUGUUAUGAACGAGCAACCUUCAGUCCGACAAUCCAGACAUUCGUUCUCUCUGCCAUUUGGCAUGGGGUCUACCCAGGAUACUAUCUAACAUUUCUGACGGGCGUGUUAAUGACGUUAGCAGCUCGGGCUGUGAGAAGUAACUUUAGGCACUAUUUAGUGGAACCCCCUCAACUUAAGUUAUUUUAUGACAUCAUAACAUGGAUGGCCACACAGUUAACAAUAAGUUACACGGUUGUUCCAUUUGUGCUUCUCUCCAUAAAACCAUCGUUCACGUUUUACAGGUCCUGGUAUUACUGCUUUCAUGUCUGUAGUAUCUUAGUGUUGCUGUUGCUGCCUGUGAAAAAGUCUCAAAGAAGAAAGAGCACACAGGAAAAUGUUCAGCUGUCACAGGCCAAAAAGUUUGACGAAAGGGAAAAUUCUCUGGGACAGAACAGUUUUUCUACGAUGAAUAAUGUUUGCAAUCAGAACCGAGACACUGGCUCCAGACACUCGUCACUAACGCAGUGACUGGGGGAGCACAUGAUGGCUGUUUCCCGUCUGUGAACAGAAGUUAGUCGUGAGGUAUUUGCAGAGCCUCCUGUUUAAGGAAGAGAGACUAAUAAUUGGGUGGAAAGGGAUGGUCUCGGAUAGGGGGUUUCCUAUACACUAGAUUGGAAAUGGAAUGAAAUAACCCCUCCCAUGCCAUGUUCCUGUGGGUCACGCCUUAUACAAAAUCUUCCCAUAUUUCAAUAGGGCACUCUGACCUCAGCAUCUGCCCUCAAGGUCAUGUGUGCACCUGUUGCUGAAUGUACACUGCAUAUCCCAAGGCACUGAAGAGGUGGAAAAAUAAUCAUGUCAAUCUGGAUGAUUAACUUUUUCCAAAUGAAUGCCUUGCCUUAAAUCUUCCGUUUCCUAAAAUGUUGUUCCCGGAUGGUAUUUUCAAGUGUUAUAUUGUGAGAAGACGAUUUCAAUAUUCGAUAUGGUGUCCUGCAGAGAGGAUUGAGGGGGAAGUCUAAAACCAGAUAUUUAAGAUCGUGGGUACUUUCAAAAGGCAAUAAACAUCUCAGUAUUCGAAGGGUUUUCUUAAGGUAUCUUAGAGGACUGUGUGCAUGGUGGAACUGUCAGCAGUCAGGGCUUAAUUACAGGUAGCUUAUUCUUCUGGGAGCUUAAUUACCUGGUGUCAGUCAAGGGCCUUCCAGGAGGACUUUCUUAAACAUAAUUAAAGGUUGGCAAUGUGAUAUUUUAGGCUUAUUUUCUUAAGAAAAAAAAAAACAAUAAUAAGAGGGAAGAUGAGGUAAGCAGGCCAGAAUGAGGAGAGCAUCCUAUGUCCUGGAGCCAGCCCAGCGGCAGAGGGCUUCCCCCUUCUGUGUCCGAGACCAGUGUAACUGGAUAGGACACAACAGCUUACUAUUGAUAACACUGUGGACUUCUCUGAAGAAAUCUCUCAAGCAUAAAUUACAUAGAGUUAGAGGGGGUUAUAAGAGUAACAGGGAUAGAUGAUUUGAAGAUUUUGAAAGAAAUCUCUAGUAAUUAAGGUUCUUGUAUGGUUCAUCAGUUUCUUAUUCCUGUCCCUUUCAUUGCUAUUUGGGAAAGAUUUAGGGAAAAGAAAGCUUAGUUGAUGAGUCUAAAUGACCUUUUUUUUUUUUUUGAAAUUAAUAAAUUAGUUUCUAUACUCUUUAACUUCAUGCAUUAAAAUUCUUCCAUUAAACUCUUGUUAAAAUGGGUAUUAGAUUCUAUCAAAACAAAUGCGUGUUUUCCUCUUAGGGGGCCACUCUUGCCUUGAGUGACUGGGUGUGUCUUUAAUUACACAGCAGUGUGGCGUGGGCUACAGCAGCUGUAAGUAUGGGGUGGGUUUGAGGCCACAGAACUGAGCCUGAGACCAGAGAGAGGAAGGCGGGGCCUUUGGACCUCACUGCCAUCUGACCAGUCUUUUUUUGUGUGAAAUUUGUUUUGGUUUUGCCUUAAAUUUUCAAACAAAAUGCAAGUUGUCAGUCUACAAUGAGUUUGGUUCUGUUGGUUUUUGUAACUAAUACAUUGUAAGUAAAGUUAAGGAAGAAGCAGCAAUGCUGGUGGAAACCUAAAGAUGUCAGAGGAAGAAGAAAGGUGCAGGUGCCAGCCUGGUGUCCUAGGAGCUGGGAGCCAUAUGUGGCAUGUUUGCUUUUCUGAAGGCAGGUUGCAUCUGAUGGGGAAAGUCUGCUCCUGGCCUCUAGAGUCCUCCCCAUUACUCCUCCCCAGGAAACGGCUAGUAAAUACCUUUUCUUAGUUUUCUUUCCUGUGUGUUGAGAUCAAGCUAGCUGUAGAAUUUGGGGAGAAAGAAAAGUGUAUUUAUGGAGAGUACUUGCCCCCAAAUGCUUCUUCGAUUUCAUGAACUUGGUAGAGAAUCCAGUCACCGUUAGGACAGCGGUCAAGAAAGACAGCCCUCGCGCUUCCUAGGUGAAGCCAGAGCAGCUUUAGACGCUGCUGCAGGCUUGAUCCAUCUCUCCAGCCACUCACAGAUGACCCCAUUUCUAUCUGCUACCCCGACAUACUCCGUUUCUAAACUUACACAUUGAGUCACCGUUGCCUGUCUCCUCGAAAUGAAUUUAUAAUCGUAGUGUACUAUCAUCCAAAGAGCAAGGCAGCUGGUCACUACUCUCCUUCCCGGCACAUACACAGCAUUCCAACUUGACUGAUCUUCUUUUUCAUUCUUCUUCAGCUACUAGCUACAUUCAUGAGAUCAUUUUUUGAUAGCUGUCUUCUAAUUUGGAGACAUAAUCAGAACGCCAUCUAAAAUGAAAUAAAUCAAAUUCUCAUUUU